AUGCGCUCCGUAAAGUCGUUACUCCUUUGGAGUCUUGCUUCCUUCUCUGCGCCAGCCGCUGCCCUCGCAUUUCCCCCACUAUUCCAUGAAGCUCGACAAGUCCAAGAUACUUCGUCUCUCGCAAAACGCGCCGCCGAUAAACCAAAGACACCAAAAUACUUUGUCGAAGCUGGUCGCAAUAUUGAACUCGGUCACUAUGACGGCCGUUUUUUCCAAUCAAAAGUCUCAUACGAAGAGCAUCGCUUUGUUCUCCGAGACCUGAUUCGAAGCUACCUAUUUACUAUGAAUAGUUUCGGCGUCGAAACAUGGAUCGCUCACGGAACUUUACUUGGUUGGUGGUGGAACGGCCAAAUCAUGCCCUGGGACUAUGAUCUUGACGUUCAAAUCUCAAACAGCACUAUGCAGUGGAUUGGCGAUAACCUCAACCGUACCGAACACAGCUGGAACUAUACCGAUUCUGCUUCAGGGGAGUUCAUAUCCAAGAAAUACCUACUGGACGUCAACCCCCACCACGUCGACAUUGACCGUUCUGAUGGGCGAAACAUCAUCGAUGCUCGUUGGAUUGACAUGCAGAACGGCAUGUACGUUGAUAUUACCGGCCUGCGCGAGCGCGAGGUGGAUCGACCAGGCAUCUGGAGCUGCAAGAACAAGCAUAGAUACAGAAGCCAGGAUCUAUGGCCUAUGCGCAUCACCGAGUUUGAAGGUGUCAAAGCCCGUGUGCCCUUCAACUUCAAUAAGAUUUUGGUUGAUGAAUAUGAUACCAAGAGUUUGGUCACCGAGAGCUGGGCAGGCCACCGAUGGGAUCACGAUAACAAGAUUUGGGUCAAGGAGAAUGAAGAGGAAGCAAAGCAGCGCAAGCUCGGUGCCGUUGAUCGUCACCUGGCCGAGGCUGCUGCUAACCCAACCCCCAAAAAAGAGACAGCUGAGCCAGCUCCUUGA